AAUAAUAAUAUAAUAUUAAUAAGUUCUUUUGUGCCGAACUGAAGGUCAAUUACAUUCGCAUUCCAAAAGGUGACGACAUCACUAUUUUUGUUUACAAUUUCACAAGCAGACGUAAGCAUGUCGGAUCUUUCCUAUCUCGAAACGAUUUCCAACAAAGAGCUGCACGCUAAAUGCCUGGAACAUGGACUACCAAAUAUACCGGUCACCGAUACUAGUCGCAAAGUAAUUUUGCGUCGUUUGCGCAACACUAUUUUAGGCACGCAAAGCAACAAAACUGCUGCCACAAAGACGCCAAGACGUGAAACCGUGCACAGCAGUAAGACGACACCGGCAGAUGCCACAAAAGCGAAUAAGUCGCGAUCGGCAGAUAAAAUUCCGAGGCACAACAAUAUCAUUAACAACACUCGGCGAACUAUUGCAGCCACGCCUCAGGAAUAUUAUCCGCUAGAAAGUUCGUCUGUGCGUUCUGUAGAAACAACAACAACCGUGUCCGAUGUGGGCUCAUCAGAAGAUGAUGAUUACUACUACCAAACAAAUACACCAACAAGCCUUAAGCCCCAGCGAGAUGAUUCUCGUCAGCGUCGUUCUGUCUCGCUAAGCAAAUCCGGCGUAUUAACCACGUCAUACACACGCGAAGUGGAGAAGCCACAUUACGAGGAAGAACCCGACGAACAGCUAGAAGAGCCACAAAGCUAUACCUACCAGCGACCUGAGGCGACUACUACAGCACCUGCAUUCAAGCUACCCGUAUAUGAGCAGCACGUUGAACGCAGCUAUCGCCCAGAGCUGUCCCGGCAAAAUUUGACCCAAACACAGUUGAACUCAACCAGCUAUGAAGCACCUAAUCAAUUCAAUGAGAUUCGCAUGCAGCAGGCGUUUCGCAAUACUUACAGUGGCUCGGCGGCGCCUUUCAAUAUGGCUAAUGCAACAACAUCAGGAAUACGACAGCGUCCAAGCCAUGUAGAAACCGGAUCUGCCAGAGGACGCUUGCCCACGUACAAUGUGAACACAUUGUAUCCCCAGCUAAAUGAUUUCUAUGAUCAGCACAACGACUCUGUUGAACCGAUGGACACAGAUACGGAUAGUGAAUCCGAGCCGGAGAUUCAACGCCAACCCCAGCAGCAGCAGUACCUGCAUCAACAGCAGCGUUCUUCUGGCGAAUCGCCCUACUUGAGUCAUUUUUCGCGCCAGCUGGAUACAAGGAAGAGGUCCUCACCGUUGGCCAGGCCACAAAUACGUACAACGAUUCGCCAAGAGGAUCCAAAUGCUACCAGGCAGAAAUUUCGAGAGCUGAUGGAAUCCCUAGAUCGUCAAUAUAAUCUCAAGUUUUAUUUCUGUCUAACAGUGGCAGUCAUAUUAGCCACGUUAAUAUAUGUGAUAGUCACUCCCGCUGUCUGAAGCAACACGAGAACAUAUCUAUAUAUGAUUAUACAUGAAUAUUAAUAUAUAAAAACACUGUAUGUAAAAUUAUUAUAUACAGAACAUUUUUACAUAUUCCAUAUGAAUUAUUUCUGGAAACUUCUCGACUUUUGGUCAUGGUUUUACUUAAAAUAUUCUCGUGUACAGGCAGUGUAUUAAAAUUGUUAUAAAUGCAUAUUAGAUAAAUAACGAACAAACAAUUGAUAACUGAUUCUAAAUAAUAAUUUCUGACUGACAUGAUGAAAUCUGAAGCAUCUCAAGAGAU